AUGCGGCAGCCACCUGAUCUAUCGGAGCCGCGACCUCCUAUGUCACCUCUGCCAUAUCAACCAGGUCUGGCUCCGAUAGGUGACGGGGAAGACCUGCUUGAAGGUAUUGUGAUACAGGAGGAAGAGGAAGAAGACUUUGACGAGGAAGUAACACGAGAAUAUAUGGCGACUACGUCAGAAGCACAAUGGAAUUAUCGAGCAUCAUCACCUGCUCUUUCGGAUGCGUCCACCACUUCCUCGAGGUCAACUGCGAUGUCGAUACUAAGAGCACCACCACUAGAUCCGAGCUCACCAGAGAUGUUGAUGCUAAGAUUUGACAGAGAGACUUGCACAAUACUUUCAAUUAAAGACGAUCCCUCGGACAAUCCUUGGAGGACAUUAAUUUGGCCACUGGCAAAAGACUCGCAUGCGCUUUACCAUGCUAUCUCCUCGAUGGCAGCACUUCAUGGAGCAACCGUCAAUCCUCAGCUCAGACUAGCUGGUAUGGCUCAUAUGACCAAAAGUAUAAGCAAGCUUUCCGCUGAAUUGCAUCAAAUGCGAUUGGACCAGGCGCUCGCCACGUCGCUUGCGCUUGCACUAGGUGAGGGCUGGGAUGAUAAAAUCUCAACCGGCAUCCAGCAUCUCAGGGGUGCAUCAACACUAUUGAAUAAUGUUCUAGUCCAAAGAAACAUCAAUCUGCAGUUAGGGCAGCUGACUGAGGAGGAUGCAAAGAGAUUAAAGUUCUUGGUCAAUACCUAUGUGUAUCUGGAUGUAAUAGCUCGCUUGGCAGCAAUUGAAGAGCAGGACCACGUCGACCUGGAUCUCGUCCUUCAAGCCGUUAAUGAACCACUAGGAGGCAGCAUCAUGGUGGAGAUAGAUCCUCUAAUGGGUUGUGCAACGACGUUGUUCCCAUUAAUUGGCAAGGUUGCUGGCUUGAUUCAGAGAAUUCGCAAAACGAGCACGAACAGUCUUAAUAUUGUCAGUGAAGCUAACGAGCUUCGAGAUCAACUUCUCAGUUGGCAAGUUCCCAAAGAGAUCGCUGACCCUCGAAGCACUUUCCGACAUGCCGUAGAUACGGCACAAGCGUAUCGUCAAGCAAUUCUAUUGCAUCUACAUCAAGCAGUCCCAGAAUUGGAUUCAGACUCGUCCUAUACACAAGCCAAAGAAAUACUCACACUCCUGGCUAAGACACCGACCUCCAGCCAUACUCUAAUUAUCCAAAUAUUCCCCCUUCUGGUUGGUUCUUGCGAAGUAGUUUCUUCUGAAGAUCGAGACUGGGUAUGCCGACGUUGGGAAGCCAUGAUGCAGCGUCUGUCCAUUGUCAAUGUCGUGUCUUGUUGGAAGAUUGUGCAAGAGGUUUGGCGCAGGCGCGACUUGCAUGCUUGUCAGCAGGCCCAACGGUUGUCGUCCAAGAAGUUCAGCAGGAAGUUAUCGCCCGGGCUGUUCAUUCCCCCUGAUCUGAAACGAAAGAUGGUUUCCGCAGACACUGUCUUGGACGAAGACUUCUUUGAUGCAAGUGGACAGAGUGAUUUGUUGAUCCAGAGCCACGAUAAGCGAAAUCCCAAAAGGCGUAUGACAUCUGAUGUUGCAGCUGGGUUCAAUAUGGGUGUGGCUUCGGGUCAUCCUAUGCCAAGCCUCACUCGACGAUACACAGACGUGACGAUGUUGAGCUUGGACCCGGAAUACACUUGUUUCUUGGAUGAAGAGAUUGACGACAGCUUCACAUUGCUGUAUUGUUGGCUAUUGGCUGCUAAGUCCUUCCAGCGAAAUUCAGGAGAGCUAGGCUGGGUGUUUCCGGCUUUGUCGAGAUAUGCUCGCAUGCUCUGA